AGCGUCCUGAAGUUGGGGCGUUUUGCAAAGAUCUGAGGAACUGAUGCGCACAGAGAGGCGCACCACCUUGCUCGGAACGGAAGAAGCAAAGCGUCCUGGGCCCGAGAGCGCCGCUGGUCCACUGGGCUCGGUUCUCUAGUGCUGUUGCUGGCCCCAGCAUCCUCCUCCCCUCACCCCGCCCGCAACCCGCUAGGGUGGGCGGUGGAUGCAGCUCCGCUGCCAAGGGUUGGCUCUGCGCCCUGUGAUUUAACUCUGGGCUUCCUCAGGGCACGGCCUGACAGGGCUGAGAUAUGAAGGUGGCAGUGUUGGACCUGGGCUCCAUAUUUGCCAAAAUCUUCAAAGCAUCCGUGCAGCCACCGGCGGUCGCUUCCCCUGCAGCCUCGGCUUCCUCGGGCGGCGCCUCCGCUGUGGCUGCGACUGGUCCGGCGGGCUCUAGCGUGGGCAGCGCAAGCAGCAGCGCCAGCGCCGGCCUCAGCGCGGCUCAGACCGUCACCCUCUUCCCCACCGUGGCUCCGAGAUCCCCAGCUUCCCCUAGGGUACCCUCUGUCCCGCUCCCUUCCCCGACUACCCUCCACCCUCUCCUGACCGCCUCCUAUCCCAGGGUUUCCUCGGUGAGAAAAGUAGCCGAAAUAGCCCCAUUCUCUUUGCCCAGUAGCCCUAGGGCAGCCAAACUUCAACCCCUUCCCCAGCCCCUACCGCUGCCUCAUCACCCCUUGUCCCAGUCUCAGCCCCUGCUAUCAUCCCAAUCCCAGCCUUCAUUCCAGUGCACCUCUCAACCUCAACUUCAACCCCUCUCCCAGCCCCCUUCCCAACCUCCUCUUCAGCUCUUGUCCCAUGCCCAGACCCAGGCGCGGCCCCUCCCCCAGCUUCCUUCUCAGCCUCAUCUUCAGCCUCUGCCCCAGCCCCAGUCCCAGCUUCAGCCCCUCUCCCAACAUCAUCCUCAGCUCCUAGCCCAGUCCCUUCCCCUUCCCCAACCUCAGCUCCAACUCCUGCCACUUCCCCUGCCUCAGCUCCAGCCCCUGUCCCAGCCCCAGCCCCAGUCCCAGUUGCUCCCCCAGCUCCAACCCCAACCCCAGCCCCUGCCUCUCCCCCUUCUCCACUCCCCUGUCCAGCCCCUGGCCCGGGGAGGCAGUGGCGGCGGCAGCGGCAGCGGCAGCCACAGCAACAGUGGGGUCAACUCGCCUUCUCUUCCUCUUCCCCUGGCCCUUUGGCGGCCGCCCCCCGGCCCCGGAGGGGUCGGAGUGGUCCUGCAACCCAUUACGGGCACCGGCGGUAGCAGCAGCGGCUUAGCGGCGAGCCCGGCUCGCUCUCCGCGGCAGCCUGGCCCGGGAGAACGAGAGCCUGGUGCUUGGAUAGUGCCCGGGCCGGGCCCCAAGACUCUCUUCUUCACCCUCCCGGACAUCGGCGAAGAAUGGGGGACUGAUGUUGAGUCUGAUGAUGGUGGUAGCAGUGAAACAAAAGGACUGGCUAAAGGGCAUGGAGAGCAAUGUCUUACUGAGAAGAGCAGGGAUCCUCUUCCUAAGCAUUUCACCAAAAAUGUGCAGGAAGCCAUUCAUAAUUAUAAUUGUGAAUCUGUUUCAUCUCUCUCAUCAAGUGGGAACACCACACCUACAGACUUGAAUAAUUCUUGGUCUGGAAUACAAAGCGUUACUAUGGAAAGAAGUUCGUCUACUGAACGAAGCUCGGUUUCCUCUUGGACAGAUGAUGAGUAUGAUAAAGCCACAACACUGAAAGUUCAGCAGUUAUUCCAAAAGGUGGAUGAAAUGCUCUUUGAAGGAAAGAUCAGUCCUCACUGCAAGAAUCUUCAGGCAGAAUGUGAGGAGUGGACAAGAAGGUCACUUCAUCUCAGGGUUCUAGGAAAACAACUCAUGUUUCCAACAGAUGAAGGCUUUCAACAUUUUCCAAGCAAUACUGCUAGUUCCAUCCCUGCCAAACCCUCAUUUGAUCUCUGUGAAAGCAAUAACAAUCUCAAAGAGCUGUGCAUCUCAGGCUCUAAGCUUGUCCCAGCAGAUCACACACAGAUUCCUUCUGUCGUUUCUGACAUAACUGCUUCAUUCCUACAAGAAGAGAUCUAUGAUGUGGAUGGAGAAAUUGAAGAGUAUUUUGCUUUUGACAGAAAAGAACCCGAUGAUGAAAGUCUGGAAUCCAAGAAGGCUGUAGUUGGUCAACACAGGAGUAAACAUGGCACCCCUCCCAUUUCUCCUGAGGACUGCAUCAAAGAUGCAGCUGCUGCUGAAGUGUUUGAUCAUGCUUGGAAAAAUGUGGUUGAUAUGUUGGAAGAACUGGUUAGAAAAAUGUGGGAAACUGCCUCUCAAGGAGGAAGUAAACAGAGAGAAAACUUGAAGACAGCUGGAAUUAAACUGGCAAAACUACCAAGUUCCCGUAUCCCACCCAAUCCAUCAAGUGUUCCCCCUUCCAGAGGUUCUGAGACACACAGCAUGUCUCUGGGUUCUCAUCUGGGUCCGUCUCAGAACCAUUGCUUCUCCAGUAGUUUUUACAGUGAUCUAAAUGGUGUGAUGACAAUUCAAGCGAAACCCCUUCAACAGAGACACACAUAUUUUGCAGACAGAACACUGCACGACCAAGAAGACAGAUUGCUGGUUGUAGGGUCCAAUGUUCUCUCCUCCACCCGGUAUCAGUUGGGACAAAUCUCAGAUCACAGUGUUCUCUCCUCGUCUCGGGUGCCACCUACAUCUGCAAGGAAAACACCUGCUCACAGGAGGCUGCCAUCUCUCUCUUCAGAUCCGCAUCAAUUGAAAACCUCCAAUGUGCACAGUGAUAAAGUUCUCAGGGGCACUAAGCUGCAAACUGGCUCAGACUGCUUGUCUUCUCCAUCCCUUCAAGUGCCUCGGAACAGGCUACCACCCAUAAGCUCAGAGCCUGGGGAACAGAAUGUCUCUACUCCUGCUCCUGGAUCGCGCCAAACCUUUCACAGAGGAAGAUACCCUCAAAACCGAGUGUUAAGUGCUGUGCCUGGCAAUAUUGAAAGACCACCUCUUCGGGAAAGGACUGUUAUCUCUGAGCAAUUUUCAAGGCCUAACACCACUCAGACCUUCAGGUCAGAUACUCCUCACAAAAGGUCAUUGACACCAAUGGAAUUUGUAAACCACACAUGGACAGGUCAGGAUUUCUUAACAGGUUCACAGCAUCUGCCUAAAUUGUAUCCAAAAAAUACCUCAACUUCAAGAAGGAGAUUUCCAGUGGCUUCCUGAGACAACUUGGCUGCUCAGUUACUGUAUUCAGUGAAAUCUGCCAAGUGUCAACUGACUCUUUAUUACUUGAGAAAUAACAGCAAGUAUUAUGCUACCCUGAUGUGUCCCUUUGUGUCCUGCUCCUGGAGACAGGACUCUUGGAGAAAAACCAGUCAUAAUAAACAUGUCCAUUUUAACCUGGAACGUGUCAUAACUUUGCAUCAUCGGUAGAACACAAUCUAAACAUACACAAAGACUUUGGGAGUUCGGGGUAUGGGAUGCAUCUGUCUGGUUCUAUUUCUUAUGCUCAUGACUUGUGUGGACUUGGGCAAAUUGCUUAAUCCCUCUCACUGUGACCCAUCUUUUCAAACCUGUUGGUUGACCUCUAUUCUGAUUCAUGUACAAGAUUUGUGACUUUUAAAAGGAAGACAAACCAGCUUUGUAAUUUGUAAUUUUUAUACUUACUAUUUUCUCAUUGCAGCCCAAUUCCACUAAAAUUUUUAGAAUUUUUCUCUU